GUAGGGAGAGGGAGCUUGAACAGCACAGCAGAUCGCAUACAUACAGCAUUCAGCCGUAAAGGGUGAAACUGAGCUGUGGCAAAGUCUUCAUGCAAUUUGGUUUUACCUGCCUUGGACCUCAAGUUCUGGAUUUGCUAAGUCAGCGUCAGUUUAGUAUCUGAGCGGGGAAGAUACAAUGUAUGUAAACCCGAACUUUAAAUUAGCGGUCCCCUGACCCUCCUUCCUUUCUUAUGUGCGGCUUAUGGGGGAGCAACGCAGAGCGUGGCGUUUUGGUACCAAGUAGGCUACUCGUAGCUCGGUUCACCGGGAGAUGUUAACGUAUGUACGGAACUGGAAGGAACAUGGUUGAGAGGACCAGUAAAUUUUUGUUGAUCGUCGUUGGAUCCAUCUUUUUCAUGUUGAUUUUGUACCAGUACGUGGCUCCGGGGGUGAUGAACUUCGGGUCUCCGCACGGGUACCUCGUCGAGGACGAUACGGAUAUCUUCCCUACUCCGGACCCACAUUAUGUGAAAAAGUACUAUUUUCCUAUAAGGGACUUGGAGCGUUCGGUGGAUUUCGAAAUUAAAGGAGAAGACGUUAUCGUCUUUCUCCACAUCCAGAAAACUGGGGGGACCACUUUUGGGAGGCAUUUGGUGCAAAAUGUGCGGCUAGAGGUUCCUUGUGAUUGCAGACCGGGUCAGAAAAAGUGUACCUGCUACCGCCCGAAUAGGAAAGAAACCUGGCUGUUUUCACGCUUCUCUACCGGCUGGAGCUGUGGGUUGCACGCAGACUGGACCGAGCUCACCAACUGCGUCCCAGGGGUUCUCAACAAGAAGGACAACAAGUUAAAAAAUCUGAGGAAGUUCUACUACAUCACCCUGCUGCGAGACCCCGUCUCCCGCUACCUGAGCGAGUGGCGUCACGUGCAGCGGGGAGCCACCUGGAAGACGUCCCUGCACAUGUGCGACGGGCGGACGCCCACGCCCGACGAGCUGCCCUCCUGCUACGAGGGCACGGACUGGUCCGGCUGCACCCUGCAGCAGUUCAUGGACUGCCCCUACAACCUGGCCAACAACCGGCAGGUGCGCAUGCUGGCCGACCUCAGCCUGGUGGGCUGCUACAACAUGUCCUUCGUCCCGGAGAAGAAGCGCGCCCAGCUCCUGCUGGAGUCUGCCAAGAAGAACCUGCGCGACAUGGCCUUCUUCGGCCUGACGGAGUUCCAGCGCAAGACGCAGUACCUCUUCGAGAGGACCUUCCGGCUGCGCUUCAUCCGGCCGUUCGUGCAGUACAACAGCACGCGGGCAGGCGGGGUGGACGUGGACAACGACACCAUCCUUCGCAUCGAGGAGCUCAACGAGCUGGACGUGCAGCUCUACGACUACGCCAAGGACCUCUUCCAGCAGCGCUACCAGUACAAGCGGCAGCUGGACCGCAGGGAGCAGAGGCUCAUGCUAAGGAGCCAGGGCGGGGCCCAGAGCCGGCACUCACGCCCGGACGCGCCCAGGGAGGAGGGGGCCGAGGAGGGGUCGCGGCUGCCCACCGAGGACUACAUGAACCACAUCAUCAACAAGUGGUAGCACGGGCGGGCGGAGAGAGGGAGGGGGGGAAAUAGGACGCCCCUCUUGGCCGACAGUUCCGUUCUUGAAUUAUUUGUUCCCUUAAAUACCCCUGGGCCCAAAGGCGGGGAAGUAGGAGGCCCCUCUCACGACCGUGCGGAAGGGAUCGGCGACGGUACCGUUCCUGAAUCGUUCGCUCGCUGUGUCCUUCUAUACCCCCUCCCCCCCCACACCCCCCGGCCUGAAAUUUCACUAGAGGUGACUGACGCACCUCCCUCUCCCGCUCAACAGACACCUUAUUGUUUUAUCUAUGAAGAGGAGCUUUGUAUUUACGAGAGGGGUUGUAUUGUCAGGCACUCGGUUACACAUAAUUCCUGCAGUUCACUCUGAACUGUAGACAGGGAGUCGGUUGGGCGGAGAGCCCACUGCUAGAGAGAGUGCACAGAUCUGCAUGAGCUUGGGUGCUCCUCAGGACAAAAGCAAUUUCGCAUUAUUUGUAAAAAGAAAAGAAAUUGUGUUAAAAAUGCGUUUCAUUAAACAUUGAACGGCGUGCGCUUAAGUGACAGACGCAUUUGUAAAUGAUGGCUUUCCGGCAGAGGACAGUUUUAAUUACAGCAAGACUGAGCAAGCAGCCUGAAACGCUUUUUGAAUGCAAUAUAAUAGCUUCUCAGAUCAUUAAUAAGAGACUUUUUAUAAAAUGGCCUUUCCCUCCUUUGUUGUUAAAUCACCUUUAAGCGGUUAUGAGGAAGUCGAGGCUAGGCUGGCUCGUAUUAAAUUUGUCAGCGUAUCUGGAUCAAAUGGCUGAAGGUAUACUAACGUAUUUUAUCAAAGAUUUAGAGCUAUAUCUUAAUAUAAACAAGGACAGACUUUUUCUGAAUAAGUGUUUUUACCAGUUUCUUUAAUAUGUGUAUAAAAUGGCCAGUCAUUCCAGUGUUCUCGUGAUUAUGGCAUUUUGCGGGGGACCAUUCGAUUGUGAAAGUGGUGUCUUGGCAUUGAUGACUUCUGGAAAAAUUAGCCACAAAUGACUGUCAAAAAUCUUUAAAGGUUGAAUACUAUUGUUAUUUUAUUUCAUGAAAUUCAAGUCCUCUGUGUCCUACUUCCAAGUUUCUGUCAAAGUAAUGGAUUCAUUGUUUUCCUGUAGAACACCAGUGCCUCUUUGGUGCCCUCUAGCUGUGGAGAAUGUAAAGGCAGUCCUUAAGUCGUGUUGCCUCCUAAAACCGUAGUCUGUCUGUCGGGGAUGCUCCUCUUUCACUGUAUGCAAGAUCUGUGUGUCUGUGUCUGUGUCUGUGUGUGUGUGUGUG